AUGGCGGAAGAAAAUUCGCACCCCAAAUCAGCGCAGCUGGUGACGUUUUACGACAUCCUAAGCUCCCACGGCCUCCCCAUCGGCAUAUUCCCCAAAAGCAUCUCCGGUUUCUCCGUCGACCCCAUGCGACACCGUGUUCGAGACCCGCCUCCGGAUUUGUUUCUAUCGCUCCCGGCGAAGGGAAUUCAGGUAGAUAUUCCGAGCUCUGGGUUGAUUUACUUCGACGUGGAGGUGGUUUUCAAGCAGUUCUCCCUCUCGCUCUUCGAUACGCUCAAGAAUUGUAGUUCUGCGGAGGAUGUCGAUGGCUAUGGUGAUCUGCUGAAAAUUCCUCAGGUUUGA